AUGGCAGAUGACGAAUUGGAAACAUAUAAACUUUGGCGAGUAAGGAAGACAGUUAUGCAGUUGGAUCAAACAUUGGAAAAUUUUAAAGAAACAUUCGGAGAUAAGCCAAGUGAACGUAAACCAUCAAGAGAUAGUUUAACCAUACUUGUUGCACAUAAUGAUGAUCCAACCGAUCAAAUGUUUGUUUUCUUUCCUGAAGAGGUGAAAAUCGGCAUAAAAAAUAUAAAGGCAAUGUGUCAACAAAUGCAAGAACAAGCUAUUUCGCGUGCUAUUGUCGUUGUGCAAGGCGGCAUGACACCGUCUGCAAAACAGGCGAUAACUGAUAUGGCACCAAAAUAUACGUUAGAACAAUUUCUUGAAGCCGAGUUGAUGGUGAAUAUAACCGAACAUGAGUUAGUUCCGGAACAUGUGGUUAUGACAUUGGAAGAGAAAGCAGAAUUACUGGCUAGAUACAAACUGAAGGAUACCCAGCUACCAAGAAUUCAACAAAACGAUCCUGUGGCACGUUAUUUUGGAUUACGGCGUGGUCAAGUUGUAAAAAUUAUAAGGCCUUCAGAAACUGCCGGUCGAUAUAUAACUUAUCGAAUGGUUGUAUGA